AUGGGAGAAGCGUCUGAACCCACGGCGGAGCCCCAAGUGACCUUCUCGUCGGGCCGCUUUGAGAGCAACAGCAGUUCCGAGACACCGGAUCUGCGGAUAUUGCACUACAACGAUGUUUAUCAUGUCGACCAGGCCAGUGCAGAGCCAGUUGGUGGUCUGGCGAGAUUCAUGACGCUCUGCAAGGAGUACAAGGAGGGGGAGCAGUAUCAAGGCCAGCCUGGACUUCUGACCCUGUUCUCAGGCGAUGUUUUCAACCCCAGUCUGGAAAGCAGCGUUACAAAGGGAAGACACAUGGUUCCGGUAUUGAAUGCUAUUGGAACGGAUGCCAGCUGUGUUGGAAAUCACGAUCUUGAUUUUGGAGUAAAGCAAUUCGAGCACUUGGCUGAGAAGUGCAACUUCCCAUGGCUGCUGGCCAAUGUUUUGGAUCCCGCGCUGGGAGAGGAUGUCCCAUUGGGCAACGCCAAACGGACUCAUAUGCUCACUACUUCCAACGGCAUCAAGGUGGGUCUGAUCGGCCUGGGUGAGAGGGAGUGGCUUGCAACUAUUAAUAGUCUUCCGCCAAACCUCAUCUACAAGUCCGCCAGCGCUGUCGCCAAAGAGCUUGUACCAAAGCUGCGAGAGGAAGGCGCAGAGAUUAUCAUUUGCCUGAGCCACAUGCGUGAGCCCAACGACAACAAAUUAGCUGAUCAAACAGAUGGCAUCAUCGACAUCAUUCUCGGUGGCCAUGACCAUUACUAUGCUCAUAGCUUCAGGAACGGCACCCAUGUCCUACGUUCAGGGACUGACUUCAAGCAACUCAGCUAUAUCGAGGCACGGCGGAAGCAGAAUGACCCUAAACGGUGGGAUUUCGAGAUCUGGAGACGAGAUAUUACAUCCGAUGUACCUGAGGAUGAGCCCACAGCCAAACUGGUAGAUGGCUUGACGUCUAAGUUACAAAAGUCGCUGUCCAAGCCCGUGGGAUGGACGGCCAUGCCGCUCGAUGCUCGAUUCAUCACGGCACGCUUGAAGGAAUCCAAUAUGGGUAACUUUGUGUGCGACAUCAUGCGUGCCCAUCAUAAUGCCGACUGUGCCAUCAUGGCAGGGGGUACGAUUCGCGGUGACCAGAUCUAUCCGCCAGGAGCUAUCCGAAUUAAGGAUAUCACUUCCUGCUUCCCCUUUGAAGAUCCGGUCGUCCUUUUGAGGGCAAAGGGGCAAGCAAUCUGGGACGCGUUGGAGAAUGGGGUCUCAUUGUAUCCUGCCCUUGAAGGCAGAUUUUCGCAGGUAUCGGGCAUCGAGUAUGAAUUUGACCCAUCCAAGCCAUCUGGCCAGAGAAUACUGUCAGUGAAGAUUGCGGGCAAGACUUAUGAGCCUGAAAGGAAAUAUGUGUUGGCGACUAGAGGUUAUAUGGGCCGUGGAAAAGAUGGCUUCAGCAGCUUGCUCGUCGAGUCCGAAGGGGGAGAGGUAGAGGAAAUUAUCGAUGAAGAGAGCGGAAUGCUCAUCUCUGCUAUGCUCCGGCAGUACUUUAUGGCUCUCCGAACAGUCGGCCAGUGGAGCCACUUAUCUUCGCAUUGGAACCACGUCGCCGAUAAAUGCGGCCACACUGAGUUGCCGUCUGAGGUAUUCAAGGGCGAGAGCCACGUUUCACGACUCAAGCUUAAUGAAAACUAUCAAGAUCCAUGGCACAAAUUCUUGCGCUCACGCUUGGGCUUCAACAAGAAGCCUCACGACGACGAUGACGAUCAUUUUGACACAGGAACAGAGAGUGACCAUACAGGAAGCGAUUCAGACAGCCAGAUAGACAUGGAGAUAUUGUUGAUGAAAAAGUUCUGGGGCCGCUGGGCUCAUAGAGCAGGCAUCAAGUCCAAGGUGUGUGACUGCCUAAAGGAGGCUGAAUGUGCUAUCGACUGGACGCGAGUGAUAGCGCCAGUGCUCGAAGGACGCAUCAAGAUUGUCGGAUCAUGA